AUGCACUUUGCUCCCCUUUCCGACUGCACCGUUGGUGUCAUUCAGGAAGCCAACAAGGCGAAUAACGCGGCCUUCAAUGAGGUGAAGAAGGUGGUCCGGAAGAGGCAAACGCAUAAUCCGUACGUUCAAGCCAUCCUCACCCCGGUUCUGACGUACAACACACCCACUGAGAAAAAGCGGCAUGAACCCAACCCCAACGCGCCCGCAUUUAUUCCCGUCGAGAAGCCGUGGGACACGUACACCCUGGGCGCCUACAAUGAUGAACUUUACGUGGAUGAAACCGCCUAUGACUGCAGUGUGUAUGGGUCUCCCUAUUACUACGCCCAAUACAUGCCUGCAUCACAUGCACACCCGACGGCAACAUUGUGCCAGCUGCAUGCAGAGCCCACAGAAAGUGGGAGCACAAGCAUGCUUGACGACAAAUCCCUGAAUUUAAGCAAUAACAGUGGAUCAUGCGUAAACACCGGGAGCUCUGUGGUUUCCGCGCCAAUCCAGCGAAGCAACAAUCUUUACAAAAUGUACGUUGAUGGUCGUCCCAAGGUUGUUCGUGGUGUCAUCUACGCAGAAGUAAAGGUGGAGCUGCGCCUGGGUACUGAAGUGUUUAUCGUGAAUGAUGUGCCGCAGAUCUUUGGCGUUAUUGUGAAACCAGAUGAGCUUGUGGGUUGCCACGUUAUUGUGGAAGGAGAUCGUGGGGAGGACAUGGGCGUCAUUGUCUCCGUUGAACGCUCGGAGCAGGAACCCGUGAAGAGUGUGGAAUCAGAGGAGGAGGGUGAAAGCGCCAACCUCCGCGUGCUUCGUUUGGCCGUUUCAGAGGAAGUUGAGUCGUUCCACCGCCUCGACCAGCUGGAAGGGGAGGCGUUGCGCUUCUGCAAGGCCGCGAUUGACUCGCUGAAUAUGCGCACCCCGCUGCAGGUACAACGUGCGGUCUUUCAGUUCGAUCGAAAGAAGCUGACCUUCACGUACUGCAGCGAUAGCUACGUGGAAUUUAAGGCUCUGCUUCGUGCCCUCAACCGCCAGUACCAGUGCCGCAUCUGGAUGCACCAGCUAAACUGGGAGCUGAACUGCAGGCAACGGCGUCAACCGGCUGACGUUGAAGCUCAUCGCAAGAAACGACGCGAGGCCCGCAAGUGUGGGGCUGCCAAGAAGGACGGCAAGCGGAAUCACGAGGCCACGGAAUGA